GCUUGAGGAUUGGCUAGAAGGCGUCUCUGGGUGGGAUGGGAAAUAAACGCUGAACACUUUUAAUUGUGAACGUACGCAAUUUAAUAUUCUAAGCACUAUUUCCAAUUAUGCUCAUUGCCUUUUGUAUUUCAGCAGUUUUGAUGUUUUGGGUGUUUGUCUGUCUGCCAAAUUUAUGAUAUAUGCCCUUUUAACAUCCAGGAAUAUCGAACAUGUCAUCUUCUAGUGAUUCUGAUGAAUUUUACGAUGCAGAGGAUGGAACACCAAGUAAAAGUACAAGAAGAAGUCGCUCUAUUAAGCGAGGCUUACUGCCCCCUUCUUUAGAAAAAGAUGUGAACUCUUCUGUGAAGGAAUCCAGUGACCUCGAUGAAACUUUAAUUCCUGCAACUUCAAUAAAUCCUUCCCCAGUGGCUGUUGUCCAGUCUUCUAAAGACAAUAUACCUGAAAAUGUGGGUGGUCAAAAGAAGGGUGCUGAUAACUGGCAGGGUCGGAGACGAUUCAGAGAACUUCGUCAAAGAAUGCAGACUGAAGAAGAAGAUGCUGUAGGAUCUCCUCCUGAUAGUCAGACUUCCUCUGUGGAGGGUAUAUUUGCUGUACCUCAAGCAGGAGGUGCAUCUGUUGGAGGUUCAUCAUCUGGCACCAAAGCUUCUCACCCAUUCAGAAUCAUUGAACAUGAUGCUCUUAGUCUUCAAAGUUUGACCUCAUUGGGCAGAGUUGGUAGAAUUCUUGGUGGAGUGCAGGACACCACUAGCUCCAGCAGUGGGCGAGUGGAACAAUUAACAUCAACAAGCUCUAGCAGCACCCUUGGUGGAGAUCUAAAGGAAGAGGAGGAAGAAGAAUCUUCUGCACCUGUCACCGCUCCAACUAGUCCUGCAACUACCUCACCUACUACAUCUUCUACACCAACCACUUCAGCCAGCACAGCUCCAUCAUCUCCUUCCCAUUAUUCCAAGAGUGUUUUUCAGGAGCCUGACGUCAUUGCUAGUACUAAGAAUUCCAUGGGUAAUGGGACCCCUCCUCUUUGCUCUGAAGCUCCAGUAGCGCCCCCAAGACGGAAAAAGAAAAAUAAAGGUCAGAUUGCUGCCUCUCCCUCUGCUACUUUGAUGACUGAAACCGAUUCUGCAUCUCAGUCCUCACAAUUGCCUAGCCCUGCAAGUACUAUUGAGUCCCUAACCAGAGACUUGGAGCAUUCUUUAGACAUUCGCUCAGCAACAAAGGGACAGUAUGUUGUUAAACCUCAGGAUGAAGAUAGGGCCCGUGCAGAGGGACCACCCCCAGAAGAAGUAGACCGAAUCAAAAUUGAUAAGGUAUCUUCUCGAUCCAGCCAAGCUUCCAACAGCCCACGAGGAUCUGUUGGUAGCAAUAGCAAUGGUCGCAAACCAUCUCUGCUGGUGAGUGCUACCAAUGAGAGCACAGGACCUUCAAUUAUUCCGACAGUUGGUUCAGGCACAGGCACUGCCAGUAGUACUAGCAGCAACAGCAUGAGAGACUUCAGUUCAGUUGGCACAGGGAGUGGUGGAAAACGUGGAAGAAGUACUCUAGGGUCUCUCAGUAGUAAUAGUAUUGGUAGAGAUGGUGGUGAAGGAAGUCGACACUCCCUAAGCCCGAGAGGGUCAAAGGAAAGGCGAAGAUCAGCUGGUGAUGAGCAAGGAAUGCUGGCUCAGCUGAAUAUGUUUGUCCGCACACGUACCGAUUCUGGUAAACAACUCUCAGAUAUGGAAAUUUUAUCACAAGUAACAGUUCUCAAUUUAGAUACCGGCGAAAGAGUACCUUUAAGUAUUGCUGAGGAUAAACUUCCACAGUGUAUCAACCCUUUGUCAUUACAUAUCAUGCGCCUCACAUCGGAAUACGCUGGGACUGAAACAAACAGUCCUACCUCUAGACCUCGUGAAUCUGAUGAAGAGAGCAUAGACAGCAAAAUGUCUGUACCUCUUUCAGUGUGUGAUUCACUUGAUAUUGAUGAUGCAGAAAGUGAAGCAGGUAGUGUAAGGAAGAAAACUGCAAGAUUUAAAAGAUUUUUGGGCUCAACAGUCAAGAAAACAAUGAACAAAGCUAAAACUAUAGCCCAGGAGGUGUCACAUGCUCGCCACAAAGAAGAUGUAAUGGAUAUAGUGGAUAAAGUUAAUCCUAAUGAACCCUCUAAUAUGAAAUUAAAAGCAAGUAGUAGUCACAAAGGACCCUAUGAGUUUGAUCAGCUUCAGCAUAUUCAGGAUCUUAGUGGUGAACAUAUAGGUCCUAUUUGGUGCAUGAAAUUCUCAACCUGUGGAAGACUGUUGGCAACUGCCGGACAGGAUCGCAUUCUUCGUGUAUGGGUCAUCAGAAGUGCAUAUGCCUAUUUCCAAGAAAUGCGAACAAAAUACAAUGCAGAAAAAGUGUCGCCUACUCCAUCUCAAGAGUCUCUAGUCUCUCAGAAUUCUGCUGGUGCAAGUUCAGCAGGUGCUGGCUAUGACACUGCAUCGAUUGAUCCUAAUCCAAACAGCCCUUUUAUGCCACGCCCAUUUUGUAAAUACACUGGUCACACCUCAGAUUUGUUGGAUGUUUCUUGGUCAAAAAACUACUUUGUUCUGAGCUCAUCCAUGGAUAAAACUGUUCGCCUCUGGCAUAUUUCUCGAAAAGAAUGUCUGUGUUGCUUUCAACACAUCGAUUUUGUGACAGCUAUUGUAUUCCAUCCUCGUGAUGAUAGGUACUUUCUAAGUGGAUCAUUAGAUGGUAAAAUUCGUCUUUGGAAUAUACCGGAUAAAAAGGUAGCUGUGUGGAAUGAAGUAGAAGGCCAAACAAAACUUAUUACUGCUGCAAACUUUUUCCAAAAUGGAAAAUUUGCUGUUGUUGGCUCAUAUGACGGGCGCUGUAUAUUUUACCACACUGACCAGUUAAAGUACCACACUCAAAUACAUGUUAGGUCAACACGCGGAAAAAAUUCCACAGGCAGGAAAAUAAGUGGUAUUGAGCCAAUGCCUGGAGCAGAUAAAAUCCUAGUUACUUCAAAUGAUAGUAGAAUUCGUCUCUAUGACCUCCGAGAUUUGAGUGUGUCUUGCAAAUAUAAAGGCUAUGUUAAUGUAAGUAGUCAGAUUAAAGCAAGCUUCAGUCAUGAUGGAAAAUACAUUGUGAGUGGAUCAGAGAACCAAUGUAUUUUCAUAUGGCGGACAGACCAUGACUAUUCUAAAUUUUCAUCUGUGCGCAAGGAUAGAAAUGACUUUUGGGAAGGCAUUAAAGCCCAUAAUGCUGUUGUUACCUGUGCUGUAUUUGCUCCAAAUCCGGAGGCUGUUUUUCGACAAAUUGAUGAUCUGAAUGAAAAGGAUGAGGAGAAGGCAAAACCAAAAGCGGUUGAAGAUCCACUGGUCGCACAGCAUAAGCAAGGCUGUGGUGGUCAUGUGUUAGUAAGUGCUGAUUUUAAUGGCUGCAUAAAAGUAUUUGUAAAUAGAACUAAACCUAAACACAGUUCAUUACCAGCAUCUGCUUUGGUGUGAAUGAAGACUCAAUGUAUACUCAUUGCGAGUGAGCCACAUAGGUAAGGUGGAUGUAAUCUUGUGAAGCCAAAGCCGAAGACGCAACCUGAAGUUAAUAUUGAGGCCCCAGGCCACUGUUUCUCUUCCAGCAGCAGCUGACAGACAGAAAUAGGUAGUUCUCUUAUGGCUUUGUCUUCAGCAUGAAAAUCUACUUCAGGAGUUGAAAUUCACCUACAAGUGGUAACACAAUAAACCAUUGAUAUCUAUUGUAUGGGGAAGAGUUCAACCAUUUUGUAUGGUAAUCAUUUAUAAAUGAAAUGGGACCAAAAUCAAGUGGCCCAGUUACCCACACUUCUUAUUAUUCUAGGCAAAGUUUAAGUAGUAAUUUUCCUGUUAAUGUAGAACUUAAACUCAUGCUUUUGGUGACUUUAUUUCACAAGGUAACAUAAACUGCAUUUCAAUACUUGUAACUUUUAAAGAACGCUUUGGUACUUUUUUUGUCAAUCAUUUAUUUGUUAUCUAUAUAAGUGGAUGACGUGUACUGUUGUUUUUGUUUGUUUUGGUUCUUGUUGUUGUUUGUAAUAAUUUUGUUUUUCCAUUGAGCCAUUUUGAUACUGAGUUUCUCUACCUGAUAACAUGGUAAUUUUAUUCUCUAUUCUGUUGCCACUAUCCUGUUAUCCUGAAUUGAGUGCUAGUUCCUAUUUUUUCACACAUCUUAAAAUCAUUAAACAUCAAUUGAGUUGUAUGUGGAUAUGUUUCCUGCUUUUAGCAUGACAUAAUUUAUCCAUUAGUAUACAACAGAUGCAAAUGUAUGAGGUGCCUAUGUUUAAGGUCAAGUCAAGUUCACCUUUACACUCCAUGUACAUCAGUCUUAGGUUUCAGUUCCGGAUGUACUGAUAUGUUCAUCAACAGUAGUUGCAGCAAGAGUUAGUCAUCUUCUAGCCACUGUGUAUGCGAACUGGAUGGCCUAAUCUAAUUAAAUUGAUUGAAGUGUAGGACUAAACUCUUUGAAAACUUUAUGUACUAUGUUAUAUAAGUGGUUAAGAUUUGAUACUACUACCAAUAUAUGUGAUAUUUGGCCUGUGUUAUGAUUAUGUAAUUGUUAAUACUAUCAGUCAUAUUAUUUUAUGGUGUGAUCCAGCACUAUCUUAUGCUGCAUUCGUGUCUUACUACCCCCCUUCUAAAUGACUGGUAUCUGAAAGUGAAGAAAGUAUUGCUCUACCAAACAGUAAGCUCUUCUCAAUGCCAUUUACAAUAGAUUAAUGUACCUAGAUGUUACUACUCUUAAUCAAAUUGGGUCAUUGCAUUGAUCUUAUUGAACUUUUAAAAUAAAUUAAAACACAACUUUAUCAGAAAAUGAUUAAGAAAAUAUGAAAUUAAACAUAAAUGUCAAAGGUUUACUGCAAUACAUUUUGUUCAAUUCUGGCAAAAGAACUUAAAAUCUAGAAAUCUAUGUAACAUUCAGAAAUGGAAUCUCUUGACAAGCCAUUUCUUUUACUAAUUGGAAAUUAUUGCAAAACUGCUUAAUUUAAAUAGCAAUGGUUUAUAGCUGUGUGAGAGUUUAUCUAUUUUCUUGAGAGCUUAAUCGCUUUCAGAAAGAUGUGAAGCAAUUUAAAUGAUAAGGGCUAGAUUGUAACAUUUGUGGUUGUGUUCACACUUUGUACUUUGCACAACUAUUUGCAUUUCUUCAUUCUAUUUAAACAGAACUUCCAUAAAGUUUGUCCCAUGCCCUUCUGUAAAUAGUUUUUUUAAUCUAUCAUCCAAGCAAAGUUUGUGAAGCUUUCAAUUAUUUGUCAAGCUGUGUGACUGAAAAGCCAACUUACAAAUACUGUAAUGUACUGCAGAAUUUAACGUCUUCUGUUGUCUUCUUUCUAAAAGCUGUUUUUUCUCUCUUUUAAGGAAAAGUUAGUAAUUUUGCUGACAAUUUGUGCCCCGGCAGUAAAUAUAAGUGUAUGCUUAAUGUUAAAUUGUGAGAACCACAACUGCUGCUUCUUCUUCUAAAGAUACAGAUAUUAAUCAUUUUCUGUUUAAGCAUUUCUAACUGAAUUAAAUUUGUUAGGCUUUUAGUUUCAAGCUACCUGUUGAUCUAUUUUAUCUUGUCAAGUCUUUCAUGAAGCCAGUACAUUAGUCCUAGUCAGGGGAAAGGUUCAGAGAUCCCUCUGUGCAGACCGGCCAUUCGAAUUCUUAGUUAGGAAAUACAUGUGGGUGAUGCUAUGUUGAAGGUUGUGUUUUCAUGAUUUGCGUUUCUUGUAUACCGGGAUCAUACAUAUACAAAUGAUCAAAAUGGAAUAUACAUUUUACAUUCCGAAAUAUGCACAUAAAUCCAGAACCCCAAAAAGUACAACCCACUAAAUACCAUCGACUUCACAGAUUUCUUAAAAUAGAAAUGAAAUAGUCAAGGGAGGACCUCCGCACAGGGGGAUCUACGGGAUUUGUCCCUAGUCAGCAACCAUUGUGUCAGUGUCAGAUGCUUUGAUUUUGACUACUGACAUUGAAGUCUGAAUAAUUAUGGGAUGUUCAUACUUGAUGUUUUGGGUUUUUCUAAUUUUGACUGAGGGCAAGAGCUAUUGGAAUUAGUUUUACCAAUGCAUCCACCGGUCAGAAAUACCAUGUAUAUCUUUUGUUGUAGAACCUUUGUAUCUUGUAAUUGUUUUCCACUGGCUUAUUUCGUUUUAUUAUUGUUUUAAUUUUCAUGCAUAUUGGAUCUUUCACAUGCUCUCUCAGUCUGUCCAUGUCAGGGUGGUCAUGUCUCAUGCAAUGGGGAAAUGUAAUAAAUUUUAAAGGCAAUGAAAUAAAAUUUAUCUGAUUUGCAUACAUGCUGCAACAGUGUGAAUGUGGUGUUGGGGGUUGCCACCCUGUUUUUUUAUCUUGUUAAAUUACUGUACAUCAGUAUAAAAAAAAAUCCUUUUUAAAAAUGAUGUUGUCAAUGAAUUAUUUUCCUACAUGUUUUAAUUUCAAAGUGGAUUAUUUAAUGGAAAUACCUGUAUCUGUUUGAAUAUGCUCUCCUGAAACUGAUGAUUUUGUGAACUAGGGAAAAAGAGGCAGUCAUUUUAAAAUAAAAUGCUUCUUUAGAAUGUGACAA